AUGGGUAAUUUUUCCGAAUCGCCGGAUCGCGGUCGAGACCGAAUACACGACAAUGGCAUCGCACAUACUGCCAUCGAGUUUGCCCAGCAAGCCGAGAAACUGUCACUCCAAAAGAGCGAAAGUCACGACAACGAUUCCGAAGUCGCUGUCGAAGCCCGCUUUGUGACACCUCAAGAUCCUGUCAUAGUCACAUCAGACGGCAAGAGACUGCCGGGUGUGCCACUUCAAGAGGCGCAUAAGUUGAACAUUCUAAAGGAAGAACUCCGAGACGGUACUGUUGUGGCCAAGGUCAGGGAGGCUAGUGAUACGGAUAGAAAGAUUGCAAACGCUGGUGUGCUUUCAGAGAAACGAGAGAAGAUUGUCUCCCUACCGACCGAUGCGAAUGGAAAGUCCAUGCAGAAAUCAGACGAAGCGUCUCUUCGUCGCCAAACACCACCCUCACACACUAACCCAUUGUUCCCGCCUCUACCUCUCUACGGGCCUCCGUCACUAUUUCGCAAUUUCCAAUGCUUGGUCUUCCGCGUCUCGGCAUUCUUCCUCAGUCUGGCUUUUCUCGGGGUGAUCGUGCUUGGCGCGCUCUUCACCAGCAUACCGCCACUAUGCACGAGGGUCUUUUACCGCCUGACGCUGCAAAAUCCCGACAAAAAGAGGCCAUUCUUCGAAGAAGAGGCACGGAGAGAAAAGGUUCGCAAAGAGGAGAACAAGAAAUGGAAGCGCAGCAAGUCCAGCGACAGGCUAGGAAAAGUCAGCGAGGUCGCCGACGAAUUCGUUCCGACGGAAGGGGGUCCCGAUCCGAUCGUCUGCGACGUCGGCUACUACGCUCGCCGCGUUGGUUUGGAUGUCGAGGAAAUCGAGGUGCAGACCGAAGACGGCUUCCUGAUUGACCUCUGGCACGUAUACGACCCCAAGGAAUACACAAGGAUGAGUGAGGAUGACAGGUCCGACAGAGGCCCCGACGUCUUCCAGUCUUCAAAGAAGAAGCUCAAGGACCCCAGCCAAAAGCGCAAAUUCCCCGUCCUGCUCAUCCACGGUCUCCUGCAAAGUUCCGGCGCGUACUGCACAAAUGACGAGAACUCGCUCGCGUUCUACCUGUGCAAGUCAGGCUACGACGUCUGGCUGGGCAACAACCGAUGCGGCUUCAAGCCCAAGCACACCUCGCUCAAGUACACCGACCCGAGAAUGUGGUGCUGGAACAUCCGCCAGAUGGGCGUCUUUGACCUACCGGCGCUGACAUCGCGCGUGCUCUACGAGACCGGGUUCGAAAAGAUUGGUUUGAUCUGCCACUCACAGGGCACCACCCAAACGCUGGUCGCACUGGCCAAAGAGCAACGGCCAGAUCUCGGCGAGAAGCUGACCGUCUUCUGCGCGCUGGCGCCGGCUGCCUACGCCGGGCCCCUGAUUGGCAAGAUGUACUUCAAGUUCAUGAGAAUCAUCACGCCAGGCAUGUUUAGGUUAAUGUUUGGCAUCCACGCCUUCAUCCCCUUCAUGAUGGAGAUGCACCGGGUGCUCCACCCAAGGAUCUACGGCUGGCUCGGCUACAAGGUCUUCUCUUUCCUCUUCGACUGGACAGACACGAGGUGGGACCGCGGUCUCAAGGACCGCAUGUUCCAAUUCGCACCCGUCUAUGUCAGCGCGGAGUCGAUGCGCUGGUGGCUGGGGAGGGAGUGCUUCGCGCGACACAAGUGCAUCCUCUCGACAAAGGAAGACGUCCAUGCCGAGGAGAAGGAGGACAACAUCAACGGGCACGACAAUAACAGCAACGACAACCACACACUCCGGGCCGACGACGCGGAUGGCCUCAUGUCGCAGCGGACCGUGGACGACCACGUCCGCAGACUAAAGGGGUCCACCGCCUGGUACAACGAGCAGGCGCCCCCGUUUGCCCUCUGGGUCGCUGGCAGCGACGACCUCGUGGACGGCAAGAAGCUCCUCCGGCGGUUCGAGCGCGGGCGCGAGCCGCACGUCAACGUGGUGCACAGCAAGGUCAUUCCCGAGUACGAGCACCUCGACGUCAUCUGGGCCAUGGACGCGCCGGAGCAGGUAUUUAGGGAGGUGCGUGAGGUGCUGUGGAAGACGUGCGAUGUCAGGGACGCGUGCCGGGUGCCGGUGGCGUGCGAGGAGGUCGAGCAGUGGGUGCCGCCGCCGCCGCCGUCGCGCAAGUCCGCCAACGGGGGUCUGGAGGAGAGCCAGUCCAGCAGCGACGAGACCGAAUAG